AAAAGCGUCUCUGCGAUUUAGAUUUGUAACCAAGUGCAACAAAGCAGAGAACAGCAGCCAUGGCAAAGGGAGGUAAAAAAAGUGGAAAGAAGGGGGGAAAGAAGAAGUCUAGUAAGCUGGCCAACAUGACGGAAGAGGAGCGGAUUGCUUAUGAGGAACAGAAGGCACUAGCUGAAGAAGAACUGAGGAAAAAGAAGGAAAACAUGCUUACACAGUUUUUAAAAGACAAACUUACAAAGGAGGAGAGAUCUACAAAAUUCAACAUAAAUAAAUUGAACCAUCAAUGGAGGAACAUCAUGAGAGAAAACAAAUCCAAAGAACUGAAGAAAGACCUGGAAAUUCUCAGCCAGACGUUUGAGAGAAUUGUAGACAGGAAGGAUGCCACUAUUAAAUCUCUGGCCAAGGACCUGCAGGAGGCUGACGAACAGUACUCCAUGUCUCUGAGGGCCCACCUACAGAGUAUUGAUAACCUUAUUGAUCAACACAAAAGUCGAAUUGAGUUCCUGAGGAGACAGUACGAGGGUGAACUAGCUGUGAUCACGGAGGAGUUUGAUACUGAGCGAGCUAUCAUGUUAGACCAGCACAGCAGGGAAAUGAAUGAGAUCUCAGAUAUACUCUUUGCCAUGGACCAAAAUUUCCAGGAGCGUGAAAGAGAGGCCAAGUCUGAUUAUCAGAGUCUAGUGGAUGAAAUUCGAAAUAAAGACAUGGAAGAGAUGCAUGGACUGAGGCACCAGCUGACGGAGAAGUUUAACUUCUACUGGAGCGCAUUUGAGCAAGCUCGGAAAAACUACCAGGAAAAUAACGCUGAGAGAAAAGCAGCAUUUGAGGAACUGAAAGCGAAGGAUGAUGUUUCAGCCCAAGAAAUCGACUUUCAAAUGAGGAAACUUCAACGGAUAUCUGAAAAUAUUUCACAACUGAAAUCCAAAAUGUCAUCUAAUGCAAAGGAAAAUGAACAAAGAAACCGAUCAAUCAAGGAGGAGAGGGAGCGGAUGCUGUCUCACCUGCAGGAUCUGAAGGCUGAGAUGAACAAACUGAGAGAUGGCGAGAGAGCUAAGCUAACUAAAAUGACCAUUGAGAGCAAUGGAGCCAUGAAAGCCUUGAAAUCUAAAGUGCAAAAAGUUAAGAGUGUGAUAACAAUGUCGGAGAUGUGUCGUCGUCUGGAGACGGAAGAAGAGAAAGUUCUGCCGUUUUAUGUGUCAUCACUCACUCAAGAGGAACAGGAAGAUGUGGAGACUGCCAUACAGGAACCACCAUACGAAAAACUGUCACUGAUAAUGCACGAGUUUACCACUCUGGAAAAUUUCUGGAAACGUUACAACAAGGUGGGCCUGGACAAGUUAGCCCUAGACAAGGAGAAACAUACCCUGGUGCAGGAAAACGCUCAGCUCCGCAGCCUACUCAAGCAAUAUCUGGACGGGAUCUCUGUUAAUGAGGAAAUUCUGAGUCAAGUGAACCCAUUACUGGUGGUCAACAACAGGACUAAUGUUAAUUUGAAUGUGCCAGUCACUGAUCCUCGUAUCGGACGACCGGUCCCUCAAACCGUUGUAGAGGCCGCAACCCACUCCCGCCAACUUAAAUUAACAUGACGUCAUCACUUUUGUGCGUAGAAAGUUUAGAAUUUUCGUCGUAGGGUCAAUUUUGACACUUCAUGGAUCUACUUCUUUUAGUAUUUACGAGAUGGAUUUUUUUAAAUUGCUCUGUGACAUCAUUUAUGGAGAGACAAAAGUGGAUAGGAUGAGAGUGACUGCAUUUAUUUUAUACACAAUAAAAUCUGUGUUUCGAUAGAUUGAAUAUUAUAUACACUGUAUAUGUAUACAAUAUGUAUUGACCUCUGAAUAUUGUAACAACACAAUGAAGUAAAUACAUUUCUGUU